AUGAAGAAAGGGAAACCAGAUGUACAAUCAGUUCAAACUCGAAUAGCUAUUGUUAACCCAGAUCGUUGUAAACCAAAGAAUUGUGGCCAGCCUUGUAAAAAGAAUUGUCCAGUUGUUAGGACAGGUAAACAAUGCAUUGUGGUUGAGCCUACAUCAAAAAUUGCUGAAAUAUCCGAAAUUCUUUGCAUUGGAUGUGGAAUUUGUGUGAAGAAAUGCCCAUAUGGUGCAAUUCAAAUCAUCAAUCUUCCAAGCAAUUUAGAAAAAGAAACAACCCAUCGUUACAGCGCAAAUUCCUUCAAACUUCAUCGUUUACCAAUGCCUCGAUUAGGCUCAGUUUUGGGACUUGUAGGGACUAACGGUAUUGGGAAAUCGACUGCUUUAAAUAUUUUGGCAAGCAAAUUAAAGCCUAACUUGGGUAAUUUCAAGAGUCCGCCAGAUUGGCCGUCAAUUUUAACAUAUUUUAGAGGCUCUGAACUUCAAAAUUAUUUUAUUAAAUUAUUAGAAGAAAAAUUUAAAGCAAUUAUUAAGCCUCAAUAUGUUGACCAAAUUCCGAGAUAUUUGGAAAAGUCUCCACAGAAAAAGGUUAUUGAUUUGUUGAAGGGACGAGCUGAACGUGACAAUUUGGACAAAAUAAUUGAGGAUAUGGAAUUAACCCAUUUACUUGACCGAGAAGUCAAUCAACUCUCUGGAGGUGAGUUGCAACGAUUUGCUAUUUCAGUAGCAGCAAUACAAAAAGCAGAUAUUUAUAUGUUUGACGAGCCAUCUAGUUAUUUAGAUGUUAGACAACGUUUAACAGCUGCAAGAGUAAUUAGGGAAUUGUUGACAGAUCAAAAGUUUGUUUGUUUAUCUUUUUAA